UGAGCAAAAUAAAUAAAUAAAGGAAGAAGAUGAGAGAGGAGAACGGAGGAUGGGAGGAGUAACGGGGGAAGGUUGAAAGGUGAAACCAAAGUUGAAUGUAAGACCCCACCAAACAUUGGUAAAUGGCAACCUUAGAAAAGGGGGCAGGAAGCGAACGGGAGGGCGAAGACUGGUAGAGAGGGGAAAGAGGUGCCACGAGUAUUAGUUCUACUUCAAAAUAGAGAAAGGCAGUUGGAUAUUGAAAUUUGGCGCACAGGACAAACACGACUCCCCAAUAAACCUUUCUUAUUUCCUUGCAAACCCACCAUAACCCAGAAGAAAAAAGGAAGGAGGAGGAGGAGGAGGAGAGGGGUAGCGUGUUGCAUGCAUGCAAAGACCAGGGUAGAAACAAGGAAGGAGGACUGGGUGGGUGGGAAGAAGAGAUUAGUGAUGGAGCUGCCAAAGAGGGAGAUGCUUGAGGACUUUGCAGUGAUAGGGGGUUUGGUGGGGGUGCAGGUUGUGUAUGCAGGCAACGCAUUGGUGCUGAGUUAUCUCAUGUCCGUUGGCCUCAACCCCCUCUCCCUUGUUGUCUAUUCUGCUUUUGCCACCUUCAUUGUCCUCACUCCUCUCUCCUUCUAUUUUGAAAGGAGUAAAUGGCCCAGCAGAAUCAGCUGCAAGUUAUGGAUUCAGCUGAUCUUGAUUUCCUUCACCGGGGUAACUUUGUUCCAAUCUCUCUUCUUAAUGGGAAUUGAGAAAACCUCACCUGCAAUUGCUACAGCAAUGCCCAACCUCGCUCCUGGACUCAUCUUCAUCAUUGCUUGCAGUUUUAGGCUAGAGAAAGUUAACAUAUCUUGUAUGUACAGCCAAGUCAAGAUCAUAGGCACUCUUUUGUGUGUGGUUGGUGCUGUUGUGAUGAGCCUUUUGCACAGCACCACAGAAAAAUCAUCAAAACUAUCAGAAAUAAUCUUCAAUGAAGAAAAGAUUGUCGGUUGCUUGUAUCUCUUGGCAGCCGUCUUCACUUUAUCUAGUAAUGUUGUGUUGCAGGCUACUACUUUGGUUGAUUUUCCCGCACCGAUCUCCUUGUGUGCCAUAACAUCGAUAAUCGGCGUGUUUCUAACUAUGAUCGUUGAGUUCCUGCAAAAUCACAAGUUUGAUACUGGCUGGCCCAACUUGAGUCUUCGUGACAUUGUCUUUUAUUCUCUACUGGGAGGCAGUGUGAGUGGACUAUGUGUGAGCUUCAAUGGGUGGGCAAUGAAGAAAAGAGGGCCAGUUCUAGUGUCCAUGUUCAGCCCCAUUGGAACAGUCUGCUCUGUAAUCCUCUCUGUUAUGACCCUAGGAGAGUCCAUUUCCAUUGGAAGCCUCUGCGGUAUGUGCCUCAUGUUCACCGGCCUCUACUUUGUGCUGUGGGCUAAAGGGAAAGAAGGAUUCCAGGUCGGUGAGACCUUGGAGCCGGAGCCGGAGCCGGAGCUGGAAAAUGAUGUAGAGAAGCCUCUCUUGGACCAUACAUAAUUGGUUUCAAAGAGUCAUGGGGCCAGUGCAGACCAGCGGUCCUUCCAACACGCAAGAUGGAUGAAAUUGAUUGGCUUUGAAUGUUCAAAUACUCUAUGGAAUUGGAAGUUGGUUCAAGUGUUAUGUAAAUAUUUCAAAUUUCUGGUA